AUCUGACGCAUUCAUUAUUGUGGGAAAGAUAUUCCCACCAUCAACCAUGAUCUAGAAUUAAGUUAUAUCUGUUACGUUAAAAAUUAGCUACACCAUCUAAGUCUCUGUAAAUUAAACAUAACAAUACAUUGAUCAUCUUGUAUUUGUGUGUGUCUUACAAAACUCAAGAAAAGCUCUUGAAUGUAAACCCGUGAUGUUUUGCCGCUUUUCCCCAGAUUGUCCAUUGCCCCUGAAUGCAACAUUAGGCCAAACGGCGCUGCCGUAGUGCGUCACAUGUUGACUAGUGUUGCUCGUUGAUGCUACCGAGAGCUUGACAAAAUUCAUAAAGUCAAAGGCAAAACCGAAGAGUUAUAUGGAUACUGUCCUGUAGUUGUCGACACUUUCUUCUGCAAUGCCAACUUCUCCGUGUCCUGUUGGAUGAAACACACCAGUUAAUGUUAUAUUUAUUCUGACAGACUAAUGUAGCUAGCCUGUUUGCUAGCCAGGAAGAGUUGACAUCUCACUGUUGGCUGCAGGUUAGCUAACACAGUCAACAUAGCAGCUGAAAAAAAGAGAGCUCCAGAUGCGGCUAAAGGAUCCUUUCUCAUUAAAAGCCGCCGAUAUGACCAAGCGGACUAAUAAACCAAGGAAACCUCGAGAUGAAGAGUCAUCAGAUGAAGUCAGUGGGUUGACUUGUCAACAUGUGAGUAAGGCAGUAGACCUGAGCUCAGUGAAGAAGUCGGUGCUCUCUAGCGUGUGGUUGGUGUGCUCUGAGUGCCUAAAGGAGAGGACCAUGAUCGAUGGAGAGCCAGCAGCAUCACAUGACAUCCUGGUUUGCUUAAAGUGUGGUUUCCAGGGCUGUAACCACACUGGGAUUCAGCAUGCUGUCAAGCACUACCAAGCUUUCCACCCAGAGUCUCACUGCAUCACCAUCAGCUUGAGCACAUGGAAGGCCUGGUGUUUUGAAUGUAAUGAGGAGCUCUCCACUCACUGUAACAAGAAGGCUUUGGCUCAGUCCCUGGACUUUUUACAAAAGCACUCUGUCAAGGCAACAUCAGCUGCAUCACCCAAGAUCAUCAAGCUGCGAGAGGAACCAUCAGAUUAUACUGAGCCACCCAGAGGCAAGAGCCCAGUCAUCAACAGCACCUUGGUCCCUGUCAAAGGCAUCAAUAACCUUGGUAACACAUGCUUCUUCAACGCUGUUAUGCAGAACUUAUCCCAGACGCACAUGCUCAUUGACCUUAUCCAGGAAGUGAAGGAGAAAGGAUACAAACUGAGGAUCUGCCCCCCUGUCGAGACCAAUCUGAGUCCAUUGACGGUAACGCUUCCUAGUCCAGAGCCACUGACUGCGGCCAUGUUUCUCUUCCUCCAGAGCAUGAAAGAAUCAGGGAAAGGCCCAAUUAAUCCCAAGAUCCUUUUCAAUCAGCUUUGCCAGAAAGCUCCACGUUUCAAGGGCUACCAACAACAAGACAGCCAGGAGCUUCUACACUAUUUACUGGACUCCAUACGAGUAGAAGAAACUAAAAGGGUGAAAGCAGGCAUUCUGAAAGCUUUCAACAACCCCACAGAGAAGACAGCAGAUGAGGAGACCAAACGACAAGUUAAAGCAUACGGGAAGGAAGGUGUGAAGAUGAACUUUGUUGACCGCAUCUUUGUAGGCGAACUGACCAACACAAUUAUGUGUGAAGAGUGUGAGCAUAUCUCCACGGUAAAGGAGGCUUUCAUAGACAUCUCUUUACCCAUCAUAGAGGAGAGGAUGUCAAAACCAUCCAAUCCUGGUAGGCUGGGGAAGGGCAGCAGGGAGCAAGACACCCACAUGGCUCACAGUGACCAGGUUCUUUCUGCAGCACACUCUGUAAACCGAAACACCAGGAAGCUGAGUGGACAGAAGCAACAGAGCAGGAGGGCUUCAAGUUCUGUGGAGGAGAAGGGAGCAGGCUGCGGUGCGGAGCGACCAGAGGAGGAGGUAGUAGCUGGUGGAUCAGCUCGUGGUGUCACAGUUUGCAAGAUGGCCGCUGCGGGCAGCCUAUCAGAUGGCAGCGAGAGAGACUCAGGUGCUCAGGACAGCAGCAAUGACGCAGACAGUGAGGCCUCAGAGAGUGAGUGGGCCCCACGCACCUCCUCCUCCAGCCACGGGCAUGGGCACAUGUCCACCCCAUCAUCCACUUCCACCCUCACUCCAUCCCCUACGCCCAUCUCUGCCUCCUCCCCCACGUCAUCAUCCUCCACAAGGCAAGGUGGUCCUGUAGAGCAGCUAGUUACUGCAGUGUCUAAAGUCAACCUGGGCUUCAGUUCCGGGGACUGCUCACCUUCCACGCACUGUUCUCCAGAGGAACUGGGAGAAACACAGUCACGAGAUAACCUCCACCAUCAACACCACCAGGGAGCCUUCCAGGCGCUGUCCCACAGUUACACACCAAGCUCCAAGGAGUGCUCCAUCCAGUCCUGCCUCCACCAGUUCACCUCUGUGGAGUUGCUGAUGGGCAACAACAAGCUGCUGUGUGAGAGCUGUACAGAACGCAGACAGAAACAGCUGCGCAAGAGCAGCUCAGCUGAUAAGAAGGUGGAGAAGAUUUACACCAGUGCCAGGAAGCAAAUGCUGAUAUCCUCGCUGCCUCCAGUCAUCACUUUGCAUCUUAAACGCUUCCACCAGGCAGGGAUGAACCUACGAAAGGUGAACCGCCAUGUUGACUUUCCUCUGAUCUUGGAUCUGGCUCCAUUCUGUUCAGCAUCCUGCAAGAAUCUGGCAGCCGGUGAGCGUGUCCUCUACAGUCUGUAUGGGAUUGUUGAACAUAGUGGCUCAAUGCGGGGGGGCCACUAUACUGCAUAUGUAAAAGUGCGCACUCCCCAGAGGAAAACAGAUCAGCACCACAGGAACCUGUCAGGUGCGAGGGAGGCCAGCAGCAGCUCCCAGGGCCAGUGGGUGUACGUCAGUGACACCACGGUUCAGUCAGUACCAGAGUCAAGGGUACUCAACUCUCAGGCAUACCUGCUCUUCUACGAGGAAAUGCUGUAAUGCAGUGUAAAUCAGUGAAUGCAUUUUCCCUAGAAAUCUGUUUUGCUUUGUGUUGUUUUUGGUACAGCCUGUACAUUCCUCUUACUGUAUCUGUGAGUGUGUGGAGGGAAGAAAAGGGAAUGACUCCACUGUACACUCACUUAUCUUACAUGAGAAGAAUGGCUGUUUUGUCAUGUCCAUACAAACUCUAAAUUGAAAAUGGGCACUUUUAAAUAUCUUAGAUACAUAAAAGAUUAACAUCAGAUGUUGAAGUUAUAAUUUUCUUUUUUGAUAUAGUCCCAAUUUUCAUUCACAUUUCCAUUAUAAAGCCCUACCCUUUAAAAAGAGGUCAAGCUAAGAGUAUUAUUGAACCCGAGCUGUUCUAAAUUUAUCAUCUAUCUCUGUCACGAUCAUGUGCCCGAGAUAUAAACUGCAUGAAGGAGUUUGCUACAGUAACCAGCAGGAAAUAAGCAGAGUUAUUGCAUGCUAAACUGUGCCCAGCACUGACUAGUUGAUGUCAAUAGUGUGUGUAUGUAUUUGUGUGUGUAUAUACACACUUAUGAGUGAGUGAAUGAGUGAGAGACAGGAGAAUGUAGUUUUAAGGUGCUAUGUGUAUCAUUUUCUCAUCAGUAUUCAACUGCCAGAUGAAAUCGGCGUAGUUGGUAUAAUUAAUGUAGAAACUCAGGACCAUCAUAAAGAAGAUUGGCUCCUCUGCCAGCGCUCUGCACAAAAGAUUGUACAUUGUGUGGCACUGGCUCCAAUAUUUGUGAGAAAUGUGCAUGAUUAUUUCUGGUAAUAGCAGAUGGCAGAUGGUGAGAAACGGCAGCAAAACAAUGAAUUUAAACUUUUGUUCUUCUCACUAAAGACACCAUGGCUGAGCAUGAGGACAAGCAUAUAGAGCCUUGGCUCUAUUUAUAUAUGAUAAUAAUAAAAACCACAUCUUACAGCAGUUUACAUUGACACGCUGAUUGAAAUUGCUGCACACAGCACCUUCGAAGAGUAGCACAACAAUUAUUUUACAGCCUACUUUAAACAGUUGUUUUUCUACAUCAGAAUGUAUAAAUGUAAGACUAUCAGUCAACUACAUUUGCCAAAGACAAGUUUUGCACCUGCACGUCAGAGCAGAAAAUCAAAACCAAACACACGAGGAGUUUACUUCAUACAGUUUCUUUAACAUUUGUUCCUUCAAGGUCAUCAGUAUGGUUCUCAAAUGUCUUUGCACAAACAAACUAACCCGAUGAUUAUCAGUUCAACAAAGCACCUUGUUUGCCUUUCAUUGUAUUUCAGCUCUGCUGUAGGCACACACACAAACCCAUCAAGAUGUUUGACAAAGAGUCAGCAUUGUAGGACUGACUUUUUAUUCCCUGCUACCAUCAAUAAGGUUGAGCAAAUAAUAAAAACAUCGAAAAAUUAAAAAAAACCUUGAAGGCUUGAAGCCGUACUAGAUAGACAUCUUUGCUGUAAUGUGCAUGGGUUAAUGUUCUAAUGAAUGUAUUGCCUAUUCUUGAAACAUAUAUGUCAGAUGAACUGUUCAUCUUUUUCUAUGAAAGUGUUUUAGAUGAAAAGAUUUUUCCUGCUUGUUGGACAUUUGCCAAAACAGUAGAAGGGAACGAGUUAAACAAAUGCAUCAGAGUCUAGAGGUUUAUUGUUUUCUUUUGAAACAAGGACAAAUUCAGUGCCACUGUUUCAGGUUUAAGAAAUCUGUGCAAAGUGAGAGGAAAAACAUAUGCAGAGUCAAAUGCAAAGAGGGAUAUGUGUGGCAUAUUUAUGUACAGUAUAACUUACUGUAAGCAAAUAUAAGGAGUAUAUGUAAUUGUACAUACUAGUAACAAUACAAAAUCAUGGUGCUUCAGGUGUGCAGGGUUUUUCCUUGAGACAGACUUUUGUUUCCAGAAAAUCACAUUUAAGUUCAGUUUUGAAAUAAUAAACAUUUGGAAUGAGUAUAAUUACAUACUGUAUCAAAAUAAAUCUAAUUUAUGAACUGAA